AUGGGCGAUUCCGCCUCGUUCGAUCUGUCAUUGGAUACUCCCAUGGAGCCUGCAAGGCCCGAGUCGGUGCUUCUCCCGCCGCCACCACUGGAGAUCUCUCCCACACCCGAAGACCGAUGGCGUUGGGGCAACCUUAAGAAAGAGGCGUUCAAUGGCCGAAAUUGUCUAGCUUUCCAGCAGUUGAUCGUUAUCCUCAUACUUACUAUUGUCCCGAAGACGGUGGGCAUCAAAUGGAACAAAGACAUCUUUGAACGCCUUUUCUUUCCAGAUGUCCCCACACGAUCCAGGAGGUUCUACGUGUUAGAGUGCCUAUUUCAAAUGACACAGAAAGUGCAUCUACAUCCCAAUUUCACCGAAGACUGCCUCCGCAGCUUCAUAGAUCCAGUCCUACGGGUCUCUGGAAAAAAGACUUGGAGUAUGGAGCCAUUCAGCUGUCAGUCAGCGACCUUUCCGGAAAUCAGCUUAGUCCUCCAGCGCUUGAAGAUUCUUACGGCUGAAAAAGAAAUUCUCGAAGAUCGGACUAUGAUCCUCUCCGCCUUGUCCAUCCAGCGCCGAGAAGAGGGGCCUCUCAUGGUGCUAGCUGAAGCGAUACAUCCCCUACUGGAACUACACAAUGAGUUUGGAAAUACUCUCGACCCCACAUACAUGACUAUCAUCGCUUGCGCCCGGAGCCAGGGAUGCACUGGUUUACUCGAGCACUAUUCUCAAACGUCCGAAGGCGAGUUCCUCAUCUGGAAGGCGGUCCAAGAAUUCCAAGAGGUAGAAUCGUCCAAGGUUCGACUGGCUUUGCUUCUCACCUGCUACCUUGUCCAUCUUUAUGCAUUCGGAAUCGGAGAAGACAUUACACAGCCUCCAUCCUUGCCCCGUUCUCUUAGUCGCGCAGGGCUUCUGGUAUAUCAAGAGGCGGUGACUACAUAUGCGAUAACUUUUGGUUUGGUCAAAGAGCUCCUCCGCUUCGCACCGGGAUUCAUAGAGUUCCACUCCAGCGCAGGACAAAUGUGGUACAAUUUCUGGGAAUCCCGAUACCCCCAGCCCAACAGAGACUUCGAAAACCCGAGAGCCGUGCCGAAGGCCCUUCCACGCGGCCCAGAAGCUCUUCCACGCGUCCGAGAAGCUCUUCCCCCCAUCCCAGAAGCUCUUCCCUCCAUCCCAGAAGAUUUUGUACCAGUUCACGAGGUGUCCUAUUUUGAUACUGGCCCCAACGGGUGGAAGGAGUCCGUCAGCGACUUCUUCAAAGACUGUCUCUACUUGGGCAAGUCCAAGUUCAAAGGCAAGAGGUAA